UGACACACACAGGAAGUGUCAGAGCUGAGAGAAACCGAAACUUAUAAUCAGUGUUGUGUCGGUGUCUAUCUGUCUGCGAGUGUGAGCUGUAAAAUGGCAGAAUCCAGUGUUUCUUUGGCUCAUAAUGAGUUCAGCUGUUCGGUGUGUCUGGAUCUCCUAAAGGAUCCAGUCUCCAUUCCCUGUGGACACAGUUACUGUAUGAGCUGCAUCACAGACUGCUGGAAUCAGGAGGAUCAGAAGAGAGUCUACAGCUGCCCUCAGUGCAGACAGACCUUCAGCCCCAGACCCGCUUUAGAAAACACCAUGCUGGCUGAGGUGGUGGAGAAACUGCAGAAGAGCAAACUACAAGCUGCUGGUCCUGCUCAGAGUCCCGCUGCAUCUGGAGAUGUGGAGUGUGACGUCUGUACUGGAGCCAAAAACAGAGCCGUCAAGUCCUGUCUGAUGUGUCUGAACUCUUACUGUCAGACUCAUUUUCAGCGCCAUCAAGAACUGAAUCCAGGAAAUCGACACAAAGUGACUGAAGCCACUCGACGACUGCAGGAGAUGAUCUGUCCUAAACAUGAGAAACUCCUGGAGAUCUUCUGCCGCACUGAUCACUGCUGUAUAUGUUAUCUGUGUAUGGUGGAUCAACACAAACACCAUGACACUGUUUCAGCUGCAGCAGAGAGAACUGAACAACAGAGUCGGCUGAGGGAAACCCAGAGCAGUUUCCAGCAGAGACUCCAGGAGAGACAGAAGGAGCUGGAGGAGCUGAGAGAGGCUGUGGAGUCUCACAAGCGCUCUGCACAGGCCGCAGUGGACCACACCGAGAGGAUCUUCACUCAGCUCAUCUGCUGGAUUGAGAGAAGCCGCUCGGAGCUCACGCAGAUGAUCAGAGAUGGAGAAAAGACUGCAGUGAGUGGAGCUGAAGAACGACUGGAGCGACUGGAGCAGGAGAUCAAUGAUCUGAGGAGGAGAAACGCUGAGCUGGAGCAGCUUUCACACACAGAAGAUCACAUCCAUUUCCUCCAGAGUUUCCAGUCUCUCUCUGUCCCUCCUGGAUCUACAGACUCAUCCAGCUUUAUUAGCAGCUCGCAGCUCGCUUUUGAUCAACUUGCUGAAUCUGUGUCUCGUCUGAGAGAUAAACUGCAGCAGUUCUGCACUGAGGAGAUGAAGACGAUAUCUACAAGAGUGAGCAGAAUUAGCUGGAUUACCACUCCUGAAACACAGACCCGUGAGCUGUUUCUCCAGUAUUCUCAACAGUUCACGUUGGAUCCAAACACAGUGAAUAAAAGUCUGGUUCUGUCUGAAGGAAACACAGUGGUGGAAAAUAAAGGUCCAGACCAGUCGUAUCCUGAUCAUCCAGACAGAUUUACUCAUUAUUAUCAGGUGUUGUGUAGAGAGAGUGUGUGUGGACGCUCUUACUGGGAGCUGGAGUGGAGCGGAUAUGAUGGUGUGGAAAUAUCAGUGUCAUAUAAGAGCAUCAGCAGGAAAGGUCCAAAAAAGGAGUGUGGAUUUGGACACAAUGAUCAGUCCUGGAGUUUGUCCUGCUCUGCUGAUAGUUUCUCACUCUGGCAUGAUAAUAUAAAGACUGAUCUCCCUAAACCCUCCGUCAGCUCCUCUAGAAUAGGAGUGUAUGUGGAUCACAGUGCAGGAACUCUGUCCUUCUACAGCGUCUCGGACACAACAAUGAGCCUCAUACACACACUCCACACCACAUUCACACACACACUCUAUCCUGGAUUUAGGGUUUAUAAGCAUUCAAAAGUGAAGCUCUGUGAUCUGACAGUGUACACUUAAAAAAAUAUUCAAAGAUCAUUCUUUGGAUUUACUCAAUUUUUUUAUGUUAAGUGGUUGUAAACAAUUUAUUUGGGCUGAAUUUAAACAAACAAAUUAAGUUAAACAUUGCUCAAUUUAAUUUAUUUGUUUAAAUUCAACACAAAUAAAUUGUUUGCAACAGUUUUGCAUGCAACACUUUUUCAGUGUAGAUGAUGCAGAUACUUCAUGUACAAUAAUGUGCAAAUAUUCUCCAAAUAUCAGUCAUGCUUUUUUUGUGAUGUUUAUAAUAAAUUCAAUUUAAUAAUUAA